AUGAUAAACGCUGGACUCUUCCUCCUGAUGAUCGCAGGCCUCCUGGCCGUCUCUGACCUCCAGUCGGAUCAAACCAUCCGGCAGUUCCGUUACGUCGACCAGGUGAAGAACUGGAGCGAGGCCCAGACCUACUGCCGGGAGAGGUUCUCCGACCUGGCCGCCAUCCUGAACGCCGCCAACGGCACCGAGGCCCGGCGGGCGGCGGGGACCUCCCGGGUCUGGAUCGGCCUCUUUAACGGCACCUGGCAGUGGUCCCGGGAUGAGAACCAGCCCUCACCCAGCAGCAGCUCCUUGUUCACCAUGUGGACCUUCAACGAGCCGCAGGACCGGAAGUGCACCUUGUUCAGUAAAUCUGGGUUCUGGUCCGCUAAGGACUGUGGAGACCUGAACGAGUUUUUAUGA